AUGCAAGAAAAGUCGAAAAUGCAGAGGAAGAGAUCGAUUGUUGCUCGUAGAGCUUGGAAUGUUCUCCGCCUAGCCUUGUUAUGGGCUAGAAAAGGUGGCAUUUUCAGGAACAGGCACCUUGUGGAUCUCCGUUUGCUUCCUAAAUAUAUUAAAAGCCUCCGUCAUACCAAUGAUCACUACAGGGCACUACAUUAUGGAGAGCGUGAGUUUUCCUUUGAUGACACUCCUAUCAUUCAUGUGAAAAUGCAUCGCCCUGCUUCCUUGCGUUUCAAGAUGCCAAAUAUUCCCUGCAUCAAACCUCAAGUCGACUUUGACUUUGACUUUGGCAACUAUAGUGAUCGUGACCAUGGUAAUGAUGAGGAUGUUCCUAGAAAAAGUUUUUUGAAGGCUACAACUGAUGAUUAUGAUGAUGAGUAUGUAAUCUGCGAGGUGUCUGAGGAUGAGAUCAGUGCUGAUGGCGGCGAUGAAGCAAUUGAUAUGAAGGCUGAGCAGUUUAUUGCAAAGUUCUAUGAACAAAUAAAGCUUCAAAGACAAACAUCAUAUUUACAAUACCAUGAGACGCUCGCUAAUUAA